CCGAAGAUGAGAGAGUUUUUCAUGAAUAUUAUCCAUUAACUCAGAAAACAAAAUGUAUAGUUGUGAGAAUAUUAAAGAUCUAUAAGGCUAUUAGAGAUGAAAAUAGAAUACCAACUAUGACAAGAAAAGAUAUUUUUAAUAUAGAUUUACAGAUUAACUCUUUAGAAGAAACUAUAUUAAUAGAGAUAUUGAUAGUAGAAAUGGAAGAAAGAGAGUAUACA